AUGACUGAGAAUUCAGUGGCAUUUAAUACCGUUCGUUUCCCAAGUUUCAAAGAAAUGAUCUUUGCAAUUGGUGAUUAUGGGAAAGCUAUGCCCCCCCCCCCAUCUUACCAUCAGAUUCGUACCAAUCUUUUCAAGGACCGAUUAGAAGAAAUGAGGAUGUUCGUUGAUACCUUUAGGGAACAUUGGAAGAGGUUUGGAUGUUCUAUCAUGUCAGAUGGUUGGACGGAUGGGAAAAAGAGACAUCUUAUUAACUUUUUGGUGAAUUGUCCUAAAGGUUCAGUAUUUUUGAAGUCUGUGGAUGCCUCAGAUAGAACCAAUGAUGCUGAUUUCAUUCGUAAGCUUGUAAAGGAGGUAAUUGCUGAUGUUGGUGCAGAAAAUGUGGUUCAGUUCAUUACUGAUAAUGGUUCUAACUUCAAAAAGGCAGGGAAGGACUUAAUGCUUGAAUACCCACAUAUAUUUUGGACUCCUUGUGGUGCUCAUUAUGUUCAGUUGAUGCUAGAAGAACUUGGUUCCAAGCUUCCAAGAAUCAAGACAGCCGUCAUACUAGGUACGAGACUAGUUACAUAUAUUUAUGCUCAUUUUCAAGUAUUGAGCUUAAUGAGGGAGUUGACUGGUGCAGACUUACAUAGGUCUACAAAAACUAGAUUUGCAACUCAAUAUUACACACUAGAGAGUCUUCAAAAGUAUAAAACUCCUCUGCAAAUGGUGUUUGUGAAUGAUAGGUGGGUAAAAACUAGGUUUGCAAGAGAAAAUGUGGGAGUAAAUGCACUUAAAAUUGUUACAAAUAUCAAAUUUUGGGAAGAUGUCGAUUACUCUUGUAGGGUGCUAAAGCCUUUAGUUAAGGUAGUAAGAUUAGUGGAUAUCGAACGCAAACCUACAAUGCCUUCUUUUUAUGAGGCAAUGAGAAUAGCAAGGGAUCAACUUGAGAAGAAUUUGGCUGAAGAUAAUGAUACUUGGGUUAUAGUUAAGGUUGUUUUUGAUAAGAGAUGGAAGAAUAACUUUAAUCAUCCUCUACAUUGUGCGGCUUAUUAUCUAAAUCCUUCCAUAUUCUAUAAGAUUCCAGCUCAUUUGAUGGAUAAUGGUCCAAAGUACAUAGAAAUCAAAAGGGGACUUCAUACAGCUAUGGAAAAGCUUAUAACCAAUGAAGAUGAACUUGAGAUGGAAACAACUGAAUUGAGAAUGUACAACGAUGCUUAUGGAAUCCUAGGAAGUCAGACUUGCAAAAAAAGAAGAGACAAAGAUCAACCUCAUGAUUGGUGGAUUACAUAUGGAGGAAUCGAUGUCCCAAACCUACAAAAAUUUGCAAUCAGGGUAUUGAGUCUUACUUCUUCUGCUUCCCCAUGUGAGCGAAACUGGAGCACAUUUCAAAAUUUGCACACCAAGAAGCGGAAUCGCAUAACACAACAAAAAUUGAAUGAUAGUGUAUUUAUCCAAUAUAACAAAAAAUUGCAGCGUCGUUAUAAAGAAAUUGCAGAAUAUAAUGAUGAUGGGAAAGCUCGUGACCCUAUUUUUCUUGAUGAGCAUGAUGAAAAUGAUGAAUGGUUGGAUCCACAGAACUUACAUGACUUGGCUGUAGAAGGUGAUAAUGUAACUUUGGAUGAUUUUCAAGAUAUUCUUGGCGAAGAAAGUCGUCCAGUUGAUAGUAGGGGUGCGUGUAGCUCUCGAAGCAAGUCUACUUACCCAACCGAUUCUGAAUAUGAUGGCUAUGAUACUGAUCAAUUGAUGUUAGACACUGAUAAUGGACUACUUGAUGGAGCUAAUGGAGCUACUGAAGAUGAUGAUAUCUAUUAUUUAGAAUAA